AUGUUGUUGCUCAAUGGAAUCACAGUGCUGUUUAUGGCUGUUUUCACAAUGGCUGUUUCCGUUUUGGAUCCAGCCACUUUGGUGAUAUAUGACCCAAAAUUAACUACAUUAGAUGAAAUCUCCCAAUAUACUGAAAGUUUAAACCAAAGACAAUUUCAAUUAACUUUUAAAGAAGUUGGUGAAACUAUUCAAUUAUUUAAAAAUCAAGAAAAGUUAUAUUCAAAUGUCAUUAUUUUCCCAACUAAAUUAAGAACAAUUGGUGAAGAAAUUAAUGGUGCUAAAUUAUUAGAAUUUUUCAAUAAAGGUGGUAAUAUCUUAACUAUAACUAAUCCAGAUGGAUUAAGUGAAUCUACUAGAACUUUCUUAAACCAAUUAGGUAUUUAUCCAAGUCCAAGAAACCAUGCUUUAUUAGAUCAUUUCCAAUAUGAUCCGAAAAAAGCUAGUGAUACUCAUGAUGUUGUUAAAUUAAAUUCUUCAAAUGUUAUUGAUAAUGGUGCAAUCAUUCCAAAACAAGACGGGGAUUUAGAAUUUAAUUAUAAAGGUUCCACUGCAAUUUUGGGUAAUGGUAGAUUAAUUUUCCCAAUUUUACAAGCUCCAACAACUUCAUAUACCAAAGAUUUAAAAAAUGAUGAUUUAAUCUUGGAAAAUAAUUGGUCACAAGGUACUCAAGGUUAUCUUUCUGUUGGGUUCCAAGGUUUAAAUAAUGCAAGAGCAGGAUGGAUUGGUUCAGAUGAAUGGUUUCAAAACGGAAAUGAUGAUAAAUUUGGUGGAAUUUUAAUUGAUUCUUUAACUAAAUGGAUUUUACAUGAAACUAAAGUUAUUAAAGUUACACAAGUUGAACAUUCUCAUUCAGAUGGUACCCUGUAUGAAAAUAGACCAUAUAAGAUUAAAGAUGAAAUCAUUUAUAAAAUUGCCAUUACACAAUGGGAUCCAGAAACUUCUAAAUGGAUUCCAUUUGAAGCAGCUGAUGUUCAAUUAGAAAUUAAAUUAUUAGAUCCAUAUCAUAGAUUAAAUUUAAUUCCAAGUGGUAUUUUGGGAGAUUCAACAAUUUAUUCAGUUAAAUUCCAAUUACCAGAUCAUCAUGGUGUUUUCACAUUUACAACAAAUUAUAGACGUCCAGGUUUAAGUUAUAUUGAUGAAACAAAUACAAUGGCAAUUCGUCAUUUAGCUAAUGAUGAAUAUCCAAGAAGUUGGGAUAUUAGUAAUUCAUGGGUUUAUGUUACUAGUGCUGUUGUUGUUUUCAUUGGUUGGUUUAUAUUUGUUAUUUUAUUCAUUUAUUCUGGUGAAUCAUCAAUUGAUGGAAAGAAAGAGAAAUGA